UCACGCUGGCAUCCACUGUGACAUGCAUUAAACCUUUGGGCUAAUAAUAUAGAAAUGUAGAGCGCAUGCAACAGAGGCAUAAAUCCUAGAUGGGCGCAAGUUCUACGUCUUGUUAUAACUCCCUGCUAUCAUAGCAGUUUGUAGCUUCCAAGCUUGACUGGGAUAUCAAUCAGCAGGGUCGGCGAUGCCUGGAUGGAUGAUUGGCUUGCAGCUCUUCUGGAAUGCGUGGAUGAUCCGGUUGGCAAUACUCUCCAGCUUCGUGGCACAACUCCUCCUCGUCUUCCUCGCCGAUGUUCGCCGCCGUAAAGCCACAGGCAUGGAGACGUUGGUCCUGUGGCUGGCGUACCAGUUGGCUAAUUGGGCCCCGACGUUCGCGCUUGGCAAGCUGUCCUCCAUCGGCGGCAGCACACCGUCGUCCCAGUCGGUGCAGCUGGUGACGAUCUGGGCCGCAUUGCUGAUGUUCCAUGCUGGUGGUCCGGACAACAUCACCUCCUACUCCUUGGAAGACAACAUCCUAUCAUGGCGCGACAUGAUAGGGUUUUUCAUGCAGGUGUUGGGAACAAUCUAUAUACUGUACAAGAAUGUAUUCUUCAGUAGCGGCGGCACGAUUGUCCGGGUGUCCUCAUCAGUCAUGUUCAUCAUGGGCAUUGUCAAGUAUGGGGAGAGAGCAUUCGCUCUGCGGCGCGCCAAGCUAGAGAAGAUGCGAAGUUCAAGCCAAAAGGAGGCCGAGCAGAAGAAGCCAAUAAAACUAAGCAAUAGCAUCCGAAACUUAAGGCGUAUAGGCCGCAGGAAGAUGGACAAUAACGAGCAAAUCCUGCUGGCGGCUCAUGACAUGCUCCAUAUCACCAAGGGCGCCUUCAUCGACAAUAUGGCUUACGAGCAUGAUGUCGACAAACAAGAGAUUGUCCGCCCUGAAACCUGGAAUGAGAAUGAGAUGUUGUACGAUGUGGUGGACAUGGAGCUCUCCCUCAUGUAUGACAUCUUGUACACCAAGGCAGCCAUGGUCCACACAUGGGGUGGCUAUGCCAUCCGUUUCUCCUCCCAUUUCAUCACAUCUGCAAUGUUCUUGCUGUUUUGGUCUCAGAGCAAGGAAGGUCUGCAGCAGCCUGACGUUUUGAUCACCUAUAUCGUACUGGGUGGCAUCGUCAUCCUGGAUAUCAAAUGGCUCCUCAGAGCAGUGGCCUCGACAUGGACCUAUUCCUUCUUGCAUGAUAGGCCACGCUCCUGGCUUCACCAUUCCCUUCUGUGCUCAGGGAAAUGGCGCAUGAUUCGCCGUUCCAUCGUCUCCCUGGAUCCGUCGAGGUUCUUUUCCAAGGAUCAUCCAACAACUAGCUAUAGGAGGUGGCUAGGAAUCAUUGGGCAAUACAACUUGUUUGACGAGUGCACUCGUGACAUAACAUGGAAGUUGAAGAUGUGGAAAUCAGUGUUGGAAUUAGUUUCACUGGAUGACCGUUGGAUGGAGUACAGAUACCACAACUCGUUGGGCUUUCAUAUGUUAUGCUAUCAGUCAUCAGAUGUUAGGAACCUUAUGUUCGAAAGUAUAUGGGAAUGUCUCAAGUCAGCGUACCCGCCUAUUAUUCCUGACAAGCAGCCGCCCAUGGUGCCCGCAUUGGAAUUACCAGAACAAGUAGCGGCGGUGUUGGCGGAACCGCAAGCAGCAAUGCAUCGGGAACUAGAAGAGGCUCUGGACUUUGCACCUGCAUUCCAAGAGACCAUCCUUAUCUUGCACAUCACCACAGACAUCUUCCUCUUGAUCAGUGGUGAAUAUGCAUCAUCGUUGCGGCAUGUACGGGCGAUCAAGGCACUGUCGAAUUACAUGGUGUUCCUCGUCGUGGUGCGCCCAAGCAUGCUACCAGGCCUUAAGCUACGCAGCCUGUACGAAGGUGCCCUCAAAGCACUGAACGAAAUUAAGGGCAACCAAUUACAAUCUUCUGUUAAUAACAGCGUGGAAGGAAAGAAGAAUCUCGCCCAACUCCUAAUAGACAAGGAGAAACAGCCCAAACCCAUGAGGCCGAUGAAUAUCAGCAACUGGAGGCCAGGAUAUAGUACCCACAAGUCGAGGCCAGAACUCGCAAGUGCUCUUUUCGACCAGAAUAUAAUUCUCUCUGACGGAACUAGCUUCGCCUUGGCGCUGCUAAGUCGGGUAAUGAAAAUCCCAGGAGAAAAGUCCAACAUUACGACGCCCAAAACCUUCAGCUCCGAAUCCCCUGGCUUCGAUAGGUAUAAAAGACUUAAGCAGUUGAUUCCUGAACUGAAAAAAUGGGACAAGGAGGACUUCUCUAUGUCGGAAAUGCUGGAACAUAUCUUCAUGGCAUGGGUGCGUCUUCUGAUGUUUGCGUCGGUCCGAUGCACAAGGGAUUCCCAUGCCAAGCAGCUCGCCUGUGGCGGCGAGCUCACAACCAUCCUCUGGAUCCUCAAUGAACAUGCUGGCGUAUUUCGCAUUGAUCACAGGGAUGGCAAAAAGAAAAAGCCUGAAGAGUUCUUUUCCUACUAACAUGCUGGCGUAUCAUAUUUCGUAUUUCGUACUAGUGUAUUUUUAACUGCAGCAAAUUGUUUAGGACUCCAUCUCGAUAUUUUGUUUUCCAGUGUAACUCACUUUGUAUUUGCAGCGUUAUCAAUGUAUGCACAAGGAAUUACCGUGCCGGGAGCCCGGGACAAAAGUUUCUGUAAGAUUAAUGAAAUUUCGAAUGGAUGCAAAGGUUAGUUAAUUAAAACAAGUAAUUAGCAAAGUUUUAAACGUGAACAAUUACAUUACUUAGACUUCGAUAAUCGCAAGCUAUAGAUGUGAAAUAUAUAUAUCUGAGGAAGAAGAAAUUCAAUAUUAGCAGCUUUAAUUAGUAUGGACAUUUAAUUUUUCAGCGAAAAGUAGCCAUAUAUAGUUGAACGAAACUACAUUUGGUGGCACUCUGCCAAAUCAACAUUUCUUUUUCAUGUAUUCUUGAAGUUGCCAGCUGAUUGGGCCGACUUCGAUCUGGGAUCCUUGGAAAUUUAACAGAAAAGUUGCCAUAUAUAGUUGAACGAAACUAGCUUUUGGCGCAUGUUAUUAGUUAACAACAUUUACCCGCUGCCGUCACAUGCAGGCACAUUGAGCAAGUCACGAGGUACUAUCUCCGUCAGCCGCCAAAGAC